CUUCUCAGCUGGGGAUGGGAUUAUCAACAGUCCGAGUUUUGGAAAGCGUGACGGCCGAAGGUCUUUCCACUGCCCUCCUCAGACGUCCUCUGUGAGCAGACGACGGGGUGGGGCAUCCAGGAGGAUGUUCCUUUGGGCAGGAAGCAAAGGGGCACAGGGAUCAGGACAUGAGAGAAGGACAAUUUACCAGAAAAUCCGAGAGUAUGAUAUUCUGGACAAGAGAAAGACGGUAACUGCACUGAAGGCGGGAGAAGACAGGGCUAUUCUCUUAGGUCUCACCAUGAUCCUUUUCUCAGUCAUGAUGUACUUUGUGCUUGGCAUCACAUUGGUGCGCUCCUAUUCAGACAGUGUGUGGACAGAGGAAUCCAGCUGCACUGUACUCAACUCCACCAUAACUACAGAGAUUAACUGUACCUACAGCUGUGGCCCUGACUGCUGGAAAAGCUCCAAGUACCCUUGCCUACAGGUGUUUGUCAGUCUGAAUACAUCUGGGAAGAUUGUCCGUCUCUCCCAUAAUGAGGAGACCCAGGAUAUGAGUCCUGAGUGUUUCUAUGUACCAAAAUGCCGAAAGGACUACAUGGCAAUGCACACAAUAAUCAUGAACAUUUCUGAGCGUUUGAAGAUGCACCAGCAAGUCCCCUGCUACCACGAUCCUGGAGAACGUCAGGACAGCGUUCUUCUGACACGACUGUAUGGCCGCGGGGCAGUUUUCCACUCACUCUUCUGGCCUACCUGCACCCUCAUUGGGGGCACCCUCAUCAUUGCCAUGGUGAAGCUCACACAAUACCUUUCCAUACUAUGUGAGCAGAUCAACAAAAUCAAGAGGUGA